AUGGAAUCGGUCGAUUCUAGCGAACUGCGGGGACAUAUCCGCGUCGAGAUUCACCAGCUACGCCUUCAGGCUGAUGUGAUUGGGAUGAAAGAGAAGAAGACGGAGGAGGAAUUGCAGCUUGUGCAGGCGUUGCAAGAAGACUAUUAUUACCAGAAACUACUGCCACUGGUGAUUUGCGAUUCUGCACGAGAGGUUUAUCUGUGUCAAGGGAAGAAAGUACUUCAGAAUGGAGUCACGACAGAUGUGUUGGAGGUAAGGAAGGGAUUUGGGUGUUGUGUAGUGUUGCUCUGAAACCUUGCUGCAUGAAGCGAAAGCCAGCAAAUGUCUGGAUUUUGGGUCGGACUUUGCGAAACAGCUUGGCUUUAACUACUUUUGGUGAGUGGAGCGAGUUUUCUUCGUGUUUCUUUUUGUACGAGAAUUGUAAUUUGUUUAGUUUACGAUUUGGAUGUUUGUUGAAAUGCUCGCGAGCUCUGGAGAGAGAAAUGCUUUAUUCCAACUCAUUGCAUUCUGUCGAAAUGGCUUGCUUAAUCCAUUCUUAUUGUGAUGAUUGUAUAUUCUCUGUUUUGCCAUUUUUCUAGGAAUUGGUGAAUUAUCCAACAAGGAAUCAAGGUUCCUUCUGAGUAGAUUUUAGGUAAGUGUCUUUUCGUUGUGUGGCUGGCUUUUCUGGAAAGUCUUCUGUUUGCGUCCUGAAUUGAUGUGUGGAAACGUGGUUGUGGCUUUCCUAGAUAUUUGACUUGAGGGAUCGGUCGGACUGUCGUGUUUUGAUCGUUUUCAUCAUUUCGAAAAGGUUCUAAUCGUUUCUAGUUGCGUUGUGAGUUU